AUGAUCAUGCAGCGACUGCCGCCGGGUGCUGACUACAAUGCUCCACGUAUCAAAAUCGACGGCGCCGAGCUCAAAAACGUGGACAUCUUCACCUAUCUCGGCAGCACGCUAUCCCGCAACACCAAAAUCGAUGACAAGGUUGCUCGACGGAUCUCCACAGUCAGCCAAGCCUGCGGCCGGCUUCAAGCCUUUGUGUGGAACCGUCACGGUCUCCAAAUGUCCACGAAACUGAAGACAUACAAGGCCACUGUACCAACCAAGCGCCGAAAAUAA